AUGGCAUCAAUGCUAGUGCUGUUGUUCCUGGCUGCAGUACUGCCCCCAUCCCUUCUUCAAGAUGACUAUGAGAAUAAUGGUCUUGAGGUUUUGUCAACCACAAAAACAUCAGUCCAGGAAGAGAUUGUAAACAAGCACAACGAAUUGAGACGAAUGGUUUCUCCAUCUGCUAGUGACUUACUAAAAAUGGAAUGGAACUAUGAUGUUCAAGUGAAUGCUCAAGAUUGGGCAGACAAGUGCACAUACAGUCACAGUCCUAUAGAACUCAGGACAACCAAUUUAAAAUGUGGUGAGAAUUUGUUCAUGUCAAAUUACCUUGCACCGUGGUCUUCUGUAAUCCAAGACUGGUAUGAUGAAGUCAAUGAUUUUGCCUUUGGUUCAGGCCCAAAGGAACGUGGUAGUAAAGUUGGACAUUAUACUCAGGUUGUUUGGAAUUCAACUUUUCAAGUUGCAUGUGGAGUUGCUGAAUGCCCUGGAAACUCAUUGAGAUUCUUAUAUGUUUGUCAGUAUUGUCCUGCUGGCAAUUAUGUAAGAAGACUAUAUACACCUUACACAAAAGGAGAACCUUGUGCCAGUUGUCCUGAUGACUGUGAAGAUGGGCUGUGCACCAAUAGUUGUGGAGAAGAAGAUAGAUAUUCUAACUGUGGAGACCUGAAGAAGAUGCUAACCUGUGACGAUCAAAUUCUUAAAGAAGGUUGCAAAGCAACCUGCCUCUGUGAAGGCAAAAUUCAUUAAAUUUCCAGUACACACUAUCAAGACCAUGUAGAGAAAGACUAUACCCUCUAAAUAUGCUUAUCAGAUCCCACACAAAUGUAUAGGUUUAGUUCAUUGAAAUAUUUCCAAAUGGUAAUGAUUUUGUAUCUUUUUCUAUGUCUUUCUAUUUUUCCGAAAUUGUUUACUCCCAAAUAUUUUAAAAUAACAAAGUCUACCUUUGGACCUUGACAUAUGAAAUCUGAGACACAUUUAUGGAGUCAAAUCUAGUCCACGAUUACAUAUUGUCUGUAUGACAAAAGUAACUAAAACUGUGGCUUGAAAAUACAAAUCAUGUUCCCAGAACACAAUGAAGUAAGGGAACAGACAGCAUAUAGUUCCUCUGUAAUGGUCAGUCAUUUUUUUUCUAGCUCUACCUAGUUAACUAUCUCUUGAGAAACAUUCACGUUGUCUUAUUUUUUUUUCAUGAUUCAUUAUUCUCCACAUUCAUCAUAAUCAGUGGUUUAAAUUCUAAACUACUAUUAUCAUUUUAGUUGUUGGGUCUUUUAAGAAUGAUAUUAAAAUGUACCUUAAUG